CACUCAGAAAACAAGGGAUCGGAGAGCUGGGAAGGCGGACUUCUCCGUGCAAACCCGGGAAGAUUUAAAAAGUCAGACUGGAUGGCAACAUUAUAUGCAUUUGUGUAUGGUUGUUAAACUGCAUUCCAUUUACACCAUUGAAAGGGUCGUACGUAGAUCAGCACAGAACAUUCUCUGACAAUGUCAUACAGGCGAGAGCUAGAGAAAUACCGUGACCUGGAUGAAGAUGAAAUCCUUGGAGCCCUAACAGAGGAAGAACUCAGGACCCUGGAAAAUGAGCUGGAUGAGCUGGACCCUGAUAAUGCACUGCUGCCUGCUGGCCUGAGGCAGAAGGAUCAGACCACCAAGGCGCCCACAGGCCCCUUUAAAAGGGAGGAACUCUUGGAUCACUUGGAAAAGCAAGCAAAGGAGUUUAAGGACCGAGAAGAUCUGGUCCCCUACACAGGGGAGAAGCGAGGAAAGGUCUGGGUCCCCAAGCAGAAGCCAAUGGACCCUGUGCUGGAAACUGUAACGCUGGAGCCGGAGCUGGAGGAGGCCCUGGCCAACGCCUCAGACGCAGAACUCUGUGACAUCGCAGCUAUCCUGGGCAUGCACACGCUCAUGAGCAACCAGCAAUACUACCAGGCCCUGGGCAGCAGCUCCAUCGUGAACAAGGAGGGACUCAACAGUGUGAUCAAACCUACACAAUACAAGCCCGUGCCCGAUGAAGAACCAAAUGCAACAGAUGUAGAGGAAACGCUGGAGCGGGUGAAGAACAACGACCCGAAGCUUGAAGAGGUCAACCUCAACAACAUCCGGAAUAUCCCCAUACCCACUCUCAAGGCAUACGCAGAAGCCCUGAAAGAGAACUCAUACGUGAAGAAGUUCAGCAUCGUGGGGACAAGGAGCAAUGACCCCGUGGCGUUUGCCCUUGCUGAGAUGCUCAAGGUGAAUAAGGUGUUGAAGACGCUGAACGUGGAAUCCAACUUCAUUUCUGGAGCCGGGAUCCUGCGCCUGGUGGAAGCUCUUCCAUACAACACUUCUCUGGUGGAACUGAAGAUCGAUAACCAGAGCCAGCCCCUGGGCAACAAAGUGGAAAUGGAGAUCGUGAGCAUGUUGGAAAAAAACGCAACGCUUCUCAAAUUCGGCUACCACUUCACCCAGCAGGGGCCCCGGCUGCGGGCGUCCAACGCAAUGAUGAACAACAACGACCUUGUGAGGAAGAGGAGGCUGGCCGACUUGACCGGGCCCAUCAUUCCCAAGUGCCGGAGUGGCGUCUAGUGUGUGCGCAUGCCAACCACGCCUUUGAACUGGACGUGUUCUACUGAUAAGCUGUGCUCUGCAGUGGAAACCGGAAGGCAGAACGCCGGCACAAAAACUGUUGUGGUUCAGUUCUUUAUGCACUAAGGUUUUAGGUUAACUAGUGAUUGCAGUUGAAAUUUUUAUAAACUGUGGUUAAUGUGAAGUUUUUCUUUAGUCACAGAAGUUCAGUCUGGUUGUUAUUUAAAAACUAAGAAGCCCCCAAACCAGCAGAUCUUACCGAAGACGAUGUUAGAGCAGCAGUGACUUAGCCCCAGGAGCCCAGUUCCGGCGGCCUUGCUGUGUGGUAUUUCAGGUGUAACACAUGAACAAACAGCACCCUCUUCCACGUGGUUUGAAAGCCUUAUAAAAUAUUUUAUUACAAGUUUGAUCUUAGCUCUUUAGCAAACACAACAGAUCAUCAUUCUUUAUUAACCCUCCUUUAAAUUUUAAGAACCUCAAGAUUAAAGUUGCCAAAUUGAUUACCGGAUCAAGAAUGCAAUUUUUUUCCCUCAAGAAAUAAAGACUGAAGCCACGAGCCCUGCCAGGAAUCAAAAAACAUAUGAGAUUCCUUAUGCUGGAUAUGAGGAAAUAACAGAAAAAGCCACUGGUGAGAUUUUAAACUUUAAAAACUGAUCCUUUUUUUUUUUAAACCAACUCCAGGCAACAAACAUUUCCUUGAGUGUUCUUUAUGAACAUCUGGGAUUAAUUUACAAUUAAUACUGGAGUCAGAAAGAAUGUUUUCUUUAUCAAAUGCCAACCUUAUGAUGGAUGUGACAACCUAUGGCCAAAUACUUGAAAACACCUUUCUCUAUUGUACAGUGGGCCGAUGCCUUAUAUGAAGCAAACACGAAAGACAGCUUUAUAGUACAUCAUGGCUUACGCUUACAGACGCCAACUACCUGUUGCAUCGCUUCUUAGACAAGUCACCGCUAAUCUCAUGCCUGUAAAUUAAGCCUCUAAAGGCCAAUGGUGAAGAAAAUCUAGAUAUUUAAGAAUUAGGAAACCUGGCCAAAACAUCCUAAGAUGAUUAUUCUGAAAAUGUAAUUUUGGCAUUUCUGCCGGAUCCCUUUUUAACAUCAUUUGCAUCUCUUAGGAUCCAGCAAAAAUGUUAAGCCACAAUGCCCUUGUGCCUUUUAAUAUACCACAGUGCCAGUUAAAGUAGUAUUUCUGUUGCGUGGGGAGUUAUUUUCAUGAGUGAUUCAGCAAAUCUUAUGAUAAAGGACAGGCCAAAGAGCUGAUGAUCACAGACUAAGCUGCAGAGCACUGAGCAGAGAGAGAGGCUUUUAAAGAAAAAGGAAAAGUCUUGUACACUGAACUGUAAUGAUGUGGACAGUACAGGGUAACCAGAGGUGGAGCCAGGGCCUCACCACCACGAAGGAGUGUCUACUGAGGCUGCAGACGGGCCCGGGAGUGGCUCCGUGCUGCAGGGAUGGCCAGCCCCACUCGGCUUCUCCUUGAAACACAAUUGCAGCUGUAUUCUGCAUCACUGGAAACUGCAGUAUAAUAUUAAAUCUGUUGGUCUAUGAACGGCUGUGCACGUGUUUCUUGGGACUUGUGAGACAGGGACCUGGGCCUGACAUUUUGGCCAGAAGGCUGGGGAACGACCACGACAGUGCUGAAUAACCUCCCACAGAAUGUCUGGUAUCCUGAGGUGUUCAUCUAAAAGCUACUAUCCAAAUGUCAGUGUCACCAAGCUAAUGUGACUCUCUCAAAGAGAACACUUAAGAGCCUGAGUGUGGGUGCUGAAGCAGAAGCUACUAUGGGGAAAUUGCUCACAGAAACCAAAUCAACAAAAAUGAAGGCGGGGCCACAUCUUUAAGACUAUCUCCUCCAUCAGAUGAGCUGUUGAUCUAGACCAGAGGUAGUAAGUUUUUUCUGUAAAGGGCCAGAGAAUACAGACAUACCUUGUUUUAUUGCACUUUGAAGAUACUGCAGUUUUUACAAAUUGAAGGUUUGUUGCAACCCUUCUUUGUCAGAUGGUAGCAUUUUUUAGCAAUAAAAAAUUUUAAUUAGAUUAUGUACAUUUUUUUAGAUGUAAUGCUACUGCACACUUAAUAGGCUACAGUAAAAUGUAAGCAUAACUUCUGUAUGCACUAGGAAACCGAAAAAUUCCUGUGACUCCCCUUCACCACUGUGGUCUGGCAUUGGACCCACAUCCUCUCUGAGGUAUACCUGUAAUACUGCAGGCCUUGCAGGCCAUUAACGCCUCUUGUGUGAAUACUUAAUCCUGCCAUAGGUCUUGUGUAAAUGAGUGGGUGUGGCUCUUCCAAUAAAACUUUUAUUUACAAAAGGAGCUGUGCCAAAUGCCAUAGUCUGCAGGUCCUGGCCUAGUGCUCUGAGACAGGCAGAGAAGAGAGGAGGGUACGGGUGGGUGACGGACUGACCUAAGUCACCUGGUUCUGAGGAGUUAGUCCACUUCCAGGGUCACAGCUUUCACAUUUUUGCCAUCAGAACCGACAGGUUUGCUAAUUA